AUGAUCACAGAAGGAAUGUCGCGGGUAGGAAAUGGUGCUAAGAUCAAAGGGUCUCUUCUCGGCUUGGGGAGACUUCAGUGGGCACGGCAAAUGCUACCUACAAAAGGACUGUAUGGCAGUGGAAGCUCUGCUUUCAACUUCACCCCCACUGGAGAUGACGAUUCUUUGAAGCUCACAAUGAAGGCUGUUGUGAAUGGAUAUGGCUACGGAAUUUCUAUUGCCGUUGUUGUUUCGAUUAUCGUGCUGUUGACGUACAGCGGCAUUGCAUUGGCUUCCGUUACCUAUACGGUGAUGUUCUCACAUAUCACUUCCGGUGCUUGGGACUCUGUCACGGAACUCGUUGCUCUAGCCAUAAACUCAGAUCCCUCGGCUGGACUAAAAAAUACUGGCGCUGGGAUAUCGUGCUCGAGAACUUUAGAACGAGUGGUCAAAGUUUGUGCACGUGGGGAUCAAUUACAGCUGGUCUUUGGUGCAGAGGAUUUAGAGGACGUACGAGGAGAGACUUCUACUGCCACACCAAAUAACUACUAUGCAUGA